AUGAUCAGGGUCUGGAAACGCCUGGAACAGGAGGCGCUUUUGGCCCUUCAGAGGUUCAGUGCCCUUCUGGCCGUUGUUGUGUGGAACAAAGAGGGCAGGAGCGGAGGGCGCCCCCAGGAGGAAAGGUGGGAAAGGACACCCGCGGGCGGAAUUCCGGAGGCGGGCGAGGCUGGAACUAGGGUGCUCCUGGAGAGCGGGCUGGGCGCCCGGGGAGGCAGGGCUGGUCCCCGCCCCGCGCGCGAUUCGCUCCGCAUCUGGCGCCCGGCGCAGCCCUUUCCUGAGUCGUAG